GACAAAAAUCACUGUGCUUCCCUUAUACCUCAUUUCACCUGUAUUUCAGGAAUCCUCAGCUGAAAAUAUGAAGAAACAGAGUUCAGACAGCAAUACUGCUCCAGUUUUGCCAGUGCUGCCAGAACCACUCAAAGAUCUGAAAAUUAAGUACACCAAGAUAUUUAUAAACAAUGAGUGGCAUGAUUCAGUCAGUGGUAAAAAAUUUGAAGUCUUUAACCCUGCAAAUGAAGAGAAAAUCUGUGAGGUUGAAGAAGGCGACAAGGCAGAUGUGGACAAGGCUGUUAAAGCAGCUAGAAAAGCUUUUGAGCUUGGGUCACCCUGGCGUACAAUGGAUGCUUCAGAGCGAGGAAGACUCUUGAAUAGACUAGCUGACUUAGUUGAACGAGAUCGGCUCAUUUUGGCUACUAUGGAAGCCAUUGAUGGUGGGAAACUCUUUUCUACUGCCUACCUAAUGGAUUUAGGUGCCUGUAUCAAAACAUUACACUACUGUGCAGGAUGGGCUGAUAAGAUCCAUGGGCGUACUGUUCCAAUGGAUGGAAACUUUUUUACAUUUACAAGACAUGAACCUAUUGGCGUGUGUGGCCAAAUUAUUCCUUGGAACUUCCCACUGGUUAUGUUCAUCUGGAAGAUUGCCCCUGCCCUUUGUUGUGGAAACACAGUGGUUGUCAAACCAGCAGAACAAACCCCACUGACAGCCCUUUACAUGGGAUCCUUAAUUAAAGAGGCAGGAUUUCCACCCGGAGUUGUGAACAUUGUGCCAGGCUUUGGACCCACUGCUGGAGCAGCAAUUUCUCACCAUAUGGAUGUAGAUAAAGUAGCUUUCACAGGCUCUACAGAGGUUGGCAAACUGAUUAAAGAAGCAGCAGGGAAGAGUAAUCUGAAGAGAGUUACCUUGGAACUUGGAGGAAAAAGUCCUAACAUUAUCUUUGCGGAUGCAGACUUGGACGCCGCUGUGGAAUUUGCACAUAUUGGUCUGUUCUAUCACCAGGGACAGUGUUGUAUAGCAGGAUCUAGGAUUUUUGUGGAAGAGCCUAUUUAUGACGAGUUUGUUCGCCGGAGCAUUGAACGAGCAAAGAAGUAUACUCUUGGGAAUCCUCUGUUGCCUGGUGUACAGCAAGGCCCUCAA